UGGCAUGGCAGGCAGGCGAAAUGACGAAGUUAUGUUUUGAUUAGAAUUAUGCAAUUUUGUUGUGAAACCUGUGAAAGAACCAUGUGAUUACUAUUGCGACAUUGUUGUUAUACUAUUAAAGAUGUCUAAUGAUACCGAUCUAUUGAUAUCAGUGCCGCGCUCGUGUAUAACAGAGUUUUACAGCAAGUACCUCAAUUUAGUAGAAACUUUUUACUAUGUCACUUUAUCGGAGAAUAAAUCAGCCGUUGUCAAAGAGAAACCUGAAUAUGUGUACUUCCAUGUAUUAUUCAACUUGAGCCCAGCGGAUGGAAACUUUAAUUCACGAGAAAUCGUCGGACGUAUUCAAAAAUAUGUGGAGUCAUCCCUUGGCUGGGCAGGCGAGCGUGGCGAGGACUCCAGCUACGACUCGGAAUGCGAGGAUGAGAGCGGCCAUCGCGCCGCGUCUCGCACCCCGUCGGACACGCUCGCGGCAGAGUUUGCGGAGUAUGUCACGCUCGGUCCGCCGCCCCUGCAGCCUAACCAGGCUAAAAUCGAGUUUGCUUUAAAGCUGGGCUACUCGGAGCGUCUCGCGCGCACGGCGCUGCAACGGCUCGGGCCUGACCCGCCACGGAAUGAGCUUCUAGCAGAACUCAUCAAGCUCGCUUCUAAGCAACCCCCUCGGCCGUUGUCACCGUCGCCGCCUGUGGAGCCCGAUCCGCCGCUAGAUCGCAGCCCGCUGCGACACAUCGUUAUAGACGGCAGCAAUGUCGCUAUGAGCCAUGGCAACAAGGAGGUGUUCUCGUGCCGCGGCAUCGAGAUCUGCGUGGACUGGUUCCGAGCGCGCGGACACAAGGACAUCAUCGUGUUCGUGCCCAAGUGGAGGAAAGAAGCGUCCAGACCAGACAACCCAGUCGCGGACAGAGACUCCCUGGAAAGACUCGAGAGGGACCGAGUGCUGGUAUACACGCCUAGCAGACAAGUCGGAGGCAAACGUCUCAUCUGCUAUGACGACCGUUACGUUCUCAAUCUAGCCUUGGAAACCAACGGCAUCGUAGUUUCCAACGAUAACUACAGAGACCUCGUCGCUGAAAACCCUGGCUAUAGAAAAAUUGUAGAAGAACGGCUACUCAUGUACUCGUUCGUGAACGACCGCUUCAUGCCCCCCGAUGAUCCGCUAGGCAGGUCCGGACCGACGCUGGACGCGUUUCUCCGAGGCCCGCCCUCUAGGAUAGACCCGGCGCUGACGCCCCCGGCGUGCCCGUACGGCAGGAAAUGCACGUACGGUAACAAAUGCAAAUUCCAUCACCCGGAACGCCUCGGUCGGCCUCAUAAAUCCGUCGCCGAGAAAUUAUCAGAGCGUGCCGCACGAGCGCUCAAAGCUCGCGAUCUUCACACGCUGAGUUUGCCGCCCGGCGGGCGCCCGGCUGAAAUCAAACGGCCGCUGGCGAGAGCACACUCGGCCGCACCGAGGAUAUCUGACGCGGCGCUCGCGACGCACUUUGAUCGAGCGCAGAUGCUUCCCGGGCCUUCCCAGCAAGACACCAACCCCCAUCGUAAGCUGGCGCGCCAGUUGACUCUAAACCCUGCCUGCGAUCCGAGGUUGCAUGCGGCGGCGGCACGAGUGGCGUCCGCUCCCGUAGGCGCAGCCGCGGCACUCAAUCCGGGUCCCAUGGUCUCUCCCUGCUCCUCUGAAGGAGCCCUACAGCACUGGGAAGCUAGAAGACGCAUGCACUUCCAUCUAGCCGGCAUCUUUCCCGAAGCUCAAGUGGCGGAGGCCAUGGCGACGUACCCGGAGGAGACGGACCCGCAGACCAUGUGCGCGAUCAUCCUCGCGCGCUACAGGCCCAGCGAGGCGCGGGUACCGCCACACUGACACACAUCGGUUUGAAUUAAUCGAUUUCGAAUCGAAAUCGAAUCUACAUUCGAACUCGUUGGAUGAGUUAUGCACGCUCGACAUUCGUUCGCUCGGACCUACGUUAUAGUUAGCCCGAGAAUGUUAAGUGGAUGCGGAAUCUUGUUGGUGCGACAAGAAGCACGUGCCAAUAUCGGUUUUACUACGUCGGUAGCAUUUAUACACUUUUUACAUUCUCUAAAAUCGUUUUAGUCGUGUCCUUCUGAGAAGUGUACGGCGUUAUUUAAAUAGUUUUGUUGUAUGAGUAGAUCCGAAGGAUGUACAAAUGGAUAAAUCUGUAAGGUCGUCCAGUAAACGGCGUUAUGGAUUAUGCGAUAAUCACUAACAUCGAACGCUAAGCGCGCGCCUUGUCAUCACAUCACUAAUAAAUCACUCACUCAUCACUGUUUACAAAUUGUUAAUAUUCCAGUGAACUGUAUCACAUUGGAACUUGUUGAUUGCAAAAAUAUUAUAGUAUUUUUAUGUAAUCGCAAAGGUUAAUCUAGGGUACCUAGAUAGACAUGAGAUUUUAUAAAAAAAUUGGUACUAUGUAUCAGUUCAAAUCAAGAUAUUGUAAAAUAUCAGCUUACUUUUACUGUAUGUUUUCCUGGUUGUUUGUAAUAGGAAAAUAUUUUUAUAUAUUUAUCAAAUAAUCAAAUAAUUUAAUUAUUUAUAUAUUGGAAAUUUCUUAAUUGUAUUUCUGCUAAUAGCACAAGAUUUAAAGUUUUUUGUUAUGUAUAGGUACUUUUAUUUUGUGUUACUAGUGUUUCCAACUUGUCACUACUAUCUUCUAUAAAUAACGUAGGUUUAGUAAGUUUUGGCCAGACAUCAAUGUGGACUAAUAGUCACUACUUUAUAGAUAAUACUAAUAAAAUUAAAAACAAAUUUGUUAUGUUUGAUUUUUAUUAAAUUGAACUGUUAAAACAUGAAAUGCAAUGCAUCGAUUGAAGCGUAAGAUAAAUAUAUCUAUCCACAUGCAGUACUGCACAGAGGGAUUGAAUUAUUUAUAAUGCUUUUGUGGAGUACUGUGUGAUAAAUUAAUGUAAUUAGUAAGCCAAGUUUUAUCAACAAUCAACUACCCAACAUUAAUAACUGUAGAUAUAGAAUGUAUGCUAAAGUUGAUAAAAUUUGCUGGUUUUCAAAGGUGUUAUUUAAAUAAAUAAGUUUUGGAAACUGCUUUCUUCAUUCCUUGUGGAAUGUUCAUCAUAAAUAAGCAUGUCUUUUUUGACAUUAUAGCAAUUACUCUUAUUAUAAAUAAAGUUUUUUUCUCUUAUUA